CUUGGGGCACUACGCAAGCGCGUACUGUGAGUGUUGGGUGUACUUGAUGUCUGUGCUUAUUAUUGGAGGUUCAAGCCAAUUGAGGUUUUCGAUUGUUGUUUUAGUGCUGGAAUAUUAGUUUUAGCGGAUUAGACAUCAUUUAUUUUAUUUUAAAAUUUAGUAUCAUCAAAUUUGUUAGGUUAAGGACUGAAGUGUAUAUAUUGUAGAUACUUAAUACCAACUGCUUUUUCUUUGUCACGGUUCGGGAAGUAAAUUAAUAAUGUUUGGAUCCAAGUCAUCUAUCCUAUUCUUCGUGCAUCCUGAUUUUAUUCAUAAAGGACGAUCAAACAAAUAAAAAUGAGGCGACGCACAGGAUUAAGGAUAACCAACAAAUCUGGGGAUUCAGGAGAGGAGUCCGAGAUAGAUUAUCAACCUAAAAACAAUGUUUGGAGUCGUGAGUUAAGGAACCGAUUCGUCAUAUCUAGUGGGAAGAGGAGCCUUCGAUUGGAGAGUCAAGCUGGACCCUCUAGGAGAAGCAUACGUUCUUGUAGGAUCCGAGUUUUAUCAAGAUCUUCUCAUUACAGUUAUCCUUCUGAAGAUGAAGAAAGAAUGUUUGCUCCAUCCUUAUCUUCUCGAAGGUUGAAAAAUUUCAGGGAAGCUACAACUGCAUCCAAACAGACGGCUGAUGGAAUAAGACGUUCAACAAGAACAAAGAAACUAAAGUAUGACAAUUUCAAUGAUAGUUGGAUUGUUGGAGAACAAUCCUUAAGAGGCUAUCCAAUGCUUUCUACUCUUUCUCCGUUUUCCAAAAAUAAAGAGGCAAUAAAAGAGGAUGAAGAGGAUGAUGAUGAAGAAGAAGAAGAAGAAGAAGAGGAGGAGGAGGAGGAGGAAGUUGCAGAAAAAGAAGAAGAAAAGGUAAUUCAGCAUCAAGAAGUUAGUAGAAGAGGAGAUGAUAACAAGGAAAAUGGGACUGCCAGGACAACGGUUGCUGAUCGAAAGACAAGAAAGUCAAGCCGUAUGGAUUCCAGUGUGAUCAGCUCUAAAGCAGAAAGUGAAGAUCAUGGAAUUAGGGAUACUAUAACAGAGAAUGGCUAUGAGGAUAUGUAUGCCAGAGUAAAACAAAGAAGACGGCAAGUUACAAAGAGUGAGACCUCAUCUGAUUCAACCUCUUCAUCUGAUGAAGAGUCUACCCAACCCCCGCGCCCAAAGAGGUUGUGUUUACGAAGUGUUCGUAAUGCUGCUAGGGUGCAGAGAAAAUACUGUCUACGACAGAAGAAGCCUACUGUUGAGAGAUUUCAAGCGGAGCCUAUUAGCAGAGGAGUUUUAAGGGAAGUGUUCACGCUGCGAAGGGACUCUAUUUCUAGUAGUACCAGUUCUUCAGAGAGUGGUUAUGACCGUGAUAGAAAAAAAGUGAAAGGCAAAUCCAGAAACAGGAUGGAGUUAUGUGGUUCUGUGGGACCAACUAAUAAUAAAAACACUGGCUUGUUGGCUGAUGUGGAUCCUGUAGCUCUUGACAAGUCUAUUAAAUUUUCUAAUAUAGGUGGCCUUGAACGCCAUAUUACUUGCCUUAAAGAAAUGGUCGUAUUUCCGAUUUUGUAUCCAGAAGUGUUUGAACAGUUUGGAGUGACGCCUCCUAAAGGAGUUCUUUUUCAUGGACCACCAGGAACUGGAAAAACACUAAUGGCUAGGGCUCUGGCAAAUGAAUGUUCUGUUGGUGAUAGGAAGGUCUCCUUUUUCAUGAGAAAGGGAGCUGAUGUCCUUAGCAAGUGGGUUGGGGAAUCAGAAAGACAGCUAAGGAUAUUGUUCGAAGAGGCUCAGUCAGCUAGACCCUCCAUCAUAUUCUUUGAUGAACUUGAUGGCCUUGCACCUGUUAGAUCGACAAAACAAGAUCAAAUACAUGCUUCAAUUGUGUGUACACUUUUAGCACUUAUGGAUGGCCUUGAUAAUCGAGGAGACAUUAUUAUCAUAGGGGCAACAAAUAGAAUUGAUUCUAUCGACCCUGCUCUACGACGCCCUGGAAGAUUUGAUAGGGAACUACAUUUUCCAUUGCCUGGUGUUAAGGAAAGGCGUGAAAUCUUAGAGGUUCAUGCUGGAAAAUGGGCUGAUAAAGAAGCAUUGAACCGAAUGGCAGAAACAUCGGUUGGUUAUUGUGGUUCUGAUCUUAAAAGUCUUUGUACAGAAGCUGUGAUUCAAGCUCUUCGAAGAGUUUACCCUCAGAUAUAUACAACUAGCCAGAAAUUGCUAAUAAACCAUGAAAGAGUGAAGGUGAAGAAAUGUGAUUUUGAUAAGGCUCAAAGAUCUAUUGUGCCUGCAGCACAAAGAGUUAUUCCAUCACUUGGAAGGCCACUUCCUGACUACCUUGAACCAUUGUUGGGUGAAUCUCUUGCAACCAUUCUCAGUUACGUUGGGAACGUCUUUCCUGCUGCAUUUAAUAAAGCCAAUCAGCCGUUUGAGAUAGUUAGGUCACCAAAGUUACUCAUCGUGGGGCAGGAAAAGGAGACAUCUUUACUGGCAAUGGGCCUUAUGUACAAGUUAGAACACUGUCCAAUGUUAUCUAUAUCUUUGGAUUUUUUGUAUUCUGAUAGCUCUAGAUCACCUGAAGAAGCAAUCACAAAGAUAUUCAAGGAAUUGCCCCACAAUCGUGAUUGUGUACUCUGGUUUGGUGAAAUUGGUUAUUGGUGGGCGUCAUUAAGUAGAUCAUCUCGUGCUGUGUUUCUCAACCUACUGUCUACUAUUGAUACUUCAUUAUCUAUAUUCUUUUUAGCCACUUCUAUUGGUGACUCUCUUCCUCAGGAGAUUGAUGCUAUUUUCAGCAGCUAUAGAGAAGAAGUUUUUCGUUGCAAACUUCCAUCUCCUGGGCAGAAGGAGGCAUUCUUCAGGCCACUUUUCAGAAUCAGAGCACUAAAGAGACCACCUCCUCCUAUGAAAUCAAAAGAAAAUGAAGAAUUGAAGUUAGCUCCUCCUCCACCACCACCCAAACUUUCUGAAGAACAAAUGAAGGCUAUGUAUGAAGAUGAAGAGAACACAUUGCGUGAACUUAGAAUUUUUUUGAGACAGAUAUGUUCUAAGUUGGCCAGGAACAAGCAGUUUUACAUGUUUUCAAAACCUGUGGACAUAAAAGAAGUUCCAGACUACUUGCAAAUUAUUAAAGAGCCAAUGGAUCUUGAGACAAUGAUGACUAAAAUUGAUCUCCAUAAAUAUACUUGUGCUCAAGACUUUUUGUCUGAUGUUGAUUUAUUGUGUCGAAAUGCAUUAGAGUACAAUCCUGAUAGGGACCCAGCAGAUAAGUUGAUACGUCAUCGAGCCUGCUACCUUCGUGAUACUGCCUAUGCCUUAAUAAAAGCAGAAAUGGAUUCUGAUUUUGAAGUGUCUUGUAGGAGCAUCAGAGAAGCUCGGAAGAAUAGAGAAGAAAACUCUAGCCAAAGAUUUAUCCGUGAGUUCUUCAAAGAUGAUUGUGAGGGCGAUGAAGUUGACAUUGAGGAGAAUAAAGACAAAGAUAAGGAUAAGGAAAAAGAUAAAGAGAAGGAAAUUAAAGACGAUAGUAAGAAGAAGGUCAGAAAACCUAUGAGAUGGUCAAAAGGAAUUGUUGGAAAGAAACCUCGCCGGUCUAAGCAGAGUCCUGAUCCUUCUAAAACAGAAGAGACUUCAGGAAGCAAUUCUGGUGAUAGCACUAUGACAGAAGAUAUUUCUAAAAAAGAAGAGGAUAAUUCAGAUACAGAAACUCAAGAAACUGAAAAGGAACAGAAAAAUGAGAGAAAGGUGCAAAUCGACUGCAACAAGUUAAGCUCGAUUUUCAACAGAACUCUGACAAUAGCCAAAGAAAUAGAACAGAUUGAUACUUUAGUAAAUCUCUACCUCAGCCUCAGGACUAUUAUAGAUGAUUAUAAAUCUCAAUGGGACCGAAAUACCAUGCUUCAGGAAAUUGAAAAGGAACUAGCAAAGUUUGAAUUGGAGCAUGAAAAGUCAAGAUUAAGCUUUUCUUAACUAAUUUUUUAAUUUAAUAAAAUAAAUAUGCUGUGAAAAAAUAAAGCAAUUGUUGUUAGUA